AUGCUGGUCAGAGACUAUUGCUACUGUACAUACAUCGACAAGGAUAUCGAAGACAACAAAUGGCCAAGAACCCCAUCAAGACUACACCUUUCCUCGUGGCCUACAGAAGAGAAGCCAUGGAACCGCGUUCAUGCUGACUUUGCAGUUGAUGGAAGAAUGUUUCUUGUACUCGUAGACGCCUGCUCAAAGUGGCCAGAGAUUAUUGAAACGUCAUCCACGACAUCUCGCUCAACAAUCAAGGAACUCCAACGAUUAUUCUCACAAUUUGGCUACCCGGAAACUUUCGUCACUGACAAGGGACAUCAUUCACGAAAAUGCACCUGA